GAACAUUACCUACUUGCACUGCCAAAAGAUGAUGUCCAAUUCAAUCCGUUUGACGAGAUUGGGAAAUUGAUGGAGUUGAUGGCAAUUGCAUUUUUCCCUCCUUCCGAUAAACUGAAGGUGAUGAAUUUAGAGCAACCAAAAGACUGCAUUGUCGGCAAAUAUAUUGAAGCCUUUGAGAAUAAUGAUAUUGAGGGGUUGCUAAAAUGUAUUUCCGAAUUUAACUGUUUGAUUGAUAAUCUUCGAACAAGUGGUCAAAUUUUUGAAUACACAAAAAAGAGGAAAACUUUUCCAAGGGAGCUUAUCUACGAGAUACUAAACCAAUGCUAUCUAAGAAGAGUUCUGCCUGAAUCCAAGAAGCUUAGUAUCUACAAGGCAUUUUCCAACGAAGUGUAUGGCGAAUUGAUGCCAUCUUUUUUGACAACGGUUUACGCAAAGUGCAAUCUGGACCAUAAUUGUUGCUUCAUAGAUUUGGGAUCGGGAGUUGGAAAUUGCGUGAUUCAAGCAGCAUUAGAAUACGGAUGCGAGAGCCAUGGUGUUGAAAUUGUUGAAAAUGCAUCUCGAUUAGGAGAUUUACAAGCAGAAGAGUUUGAGUUAAGAUGUAGGGUAUUUGGUUUGAAACCAGGAGCUGUGAACUUGUUCUCCCAGCAAUCUUUUGUUAACAAUCCACCUGUCAAAAAAGUUGUUGACAAGUGUGAAGUCAUUCUUGUCAACAACUACCUGUUCGACAACCCAUUGAACAAAAAAGUCAUUGAACUUUUUCAGGACCUGAAAGUUGGGACAAAAAUUAUAAGUCUAAAACCUAUUGUUCCUGCAACACACAAGAUCAACUGGGACAACUGCUCCUCGAUUCUCAAUAGACUAAAAACAUCAAAAUUUAUUUAUGCGGAAAAUUCAGUUUCAUGGACUUCCAAGGGUGGUUUUUAUUAUAUCACUGAAGUGAUGAGUGAUAUUGUUGAGGACAACUUUGUUGUUUUCAAAAGUCGUGAAGCAAGAAGACGUGAUGAAGGACUCGAUGAGAGAAGUCGUAGUGACACUCCUCUGAACGCUUUUACUAACAACGUAUAG